AUGUCUUGCAACUGUGGAUCAAGCUGCGGCUGCGGCUCAAACUGCAACUGCGGCAAGAUGUACCCUGACUUGGAAGAGAAGAGGGGCGCCACCAUGCAGGCCACCGUCGUCGUCCUCGGCGCUGGGCCUGCCAAGGCGCAGUUUGAGGAGGCCGCCGAGUCCGUCGAGGCUGGCCAUGGUUGCAGCUGCGGUGCCAACUGCAAGUGCAACCCUUGCAACUGCUAAGAUGCAAGCGGUCGAU